AUGGGCAACUGCCAGGCGGCGGAGGCGGCGGCCGUGGUGAUCCAGCACCCCGGCGGCAAGGUGGAGCGGCUGUACGGGGCGGCCACCGCCGCGGAGGUCAUGCGCGGCAACCCCGGGCACUACGUGGCGCUCGUCGUGCUCCGCGUCUCGGGCGCCGGCGGCGGCAAGCAGGACGCGGACCCGGAGGUCUCCACGGGCGGCGGCGGCAGGAUCACCAAGGUGAAGCUGCUGAAGCCCAAGGACACGCUGCUGCUGGGGCAAGUCUACCGGCUCAUCACCUCGCAAGAGGUGGCGAAGGCGAUACAGGCGAGGAGGGAGGACAGGGUGCGGCGGUGCGGCGCCGGCGAGGUGGCGGUGGUGGACGACCGGCGGGUGCCGCCGGGACGACACGCCGCCGCGGGCAGCCAAGGGCAGGGGCGGCGGUCCACCGACCAGGAACGGAAGCGGGCGGAGAAGUCGGACCGGCAGCACCGGAGCAGCGCCGCCGGCGGCAGAGGGCGGCACUGGCAGCCGUCGCUGCAGAGCAUCUCCGAGGCGGCGGGCUGA